CCGGGGCCGGUGGCUAAGCAAACUGCAAAAUGUGUCCUCUUCUCAACGCCUUCAUAGUCGCUAUGGAUGUGUCAGAGUUGAAAUCGACAAAGUUGAAAUAAUUUGUAAUGCAUAAAAUGCGACACAGAGACUGAUUCUAUUGCUGAAGGCGCAAGGGAGGCAGAUUCUAGUGCUGGUAAGGGUCAAGCAUCGGGCUGCUGACUAGCAUGACAGGGAGCAGCCAUCUUGCCCUAAACAGCAUGACAGACUUGCUUCAGAGGCCAGGAAAAUUUGUCAUGCGCCGAUUGGAAACUGUGGGUCCAACUGGUACAGAUUUUAUGCAUCACAAAUUAUUUCAACUUUGUUAAUUUCAAUUCUGACAGUUCCAUAGUCGUCAUCGCUGCGCGGCAGCACAUUGACAGCGGGUAAGGGUUGGCCGCGUUUUUUGGACGCGAGAACUGUGCGCGUGGCGGUAUUCAACCUCCCAAUAAAAAACUCUCCAGUAGAGCUACACCCACGACAAUGUGGUGGCCACAUCAAGUAAAACACCAGCAUCAUCGGGCGGCAGCACCGCACCGCCACGACGAGCGAAUGCGUCGCCCUCCAUUCGCCAUGCUCCUCCUUAAAACCCUCUUUCUCACGCCAUCCUUCUUGCAGCAAACCCACGGCUUCCUGAUCGCCAACUACUUCAAACACUGGAAGGCGCAAAGAAGCGUCGCGUGUAGGAGCAUGCUGUUGGAAGCGGACCGCCAGUUACAUGCGGGGAGAAAGAAGAAAAAGAAAAGGAGAAAGAAACCGAGUGGAAAUGCGGCGGGGAAUAAAGGCGAAGUCGUGCAACUUCUGCAACAAACGCCAGCAGAGGAAGUAGGAGGAGGUGCAGUGGCGCCAGGUGGUAAAGAUGCAGCUGCGGGGGGAGCAGCCGGAGCGGCGGAUGGUCCUGCUGCUGCACCAGGAGACGAAGCCGCUGGCGCAGCAGACGCAGGAGAAGCAGCUGCAUCUCCUGUUCUUGGUGCAGGAGCCGAUGCGGGAGGUGGCCUAGCACAGGGUGGGCCUGCAACCACCCCACAGGCCGAAAUAAUCGCAGCACCAGGAGCUGCUUCAGCAGCAGCACAAGGCGACGCCGACGCCGAGUCAGCAGCACCUUCGCCAACAAUAAACAAGCCCUGCACGUGUAAAAACGGUCUCGCCGCAACGUCUCUCGAAGAAGGCUGCUCGAUAUGAAUGUGUCAGGAUCGAAAUCGACAAAGUUUAAAUUGAACAAAUUAAUAGUUUGUCAUGCAUAAAGUGGAGCGCAAAAAUUGUCUCUAUUGCAGAGGACGCAAGGGAGGCAAUUUGUAAGCCUCUUGAGGGGUAGAAAUAGGGCUCCUAAAGUAGCAUGACAAAAGGCGCCGCCCUUACCCAAACAGCAUGACAAACUGGAUUUAGGUUCUACCUGAAUUUUUUGUCAUGCGCCACUUGAAAAGUGGGCUUCAACUGGCAUCCACUUUAUGCAUGACAAAUCAUUUCAACUACUUUGUCGAUUUCGAUUCUGACACAUCCAUACUCGACCCCGGGGGAGUACGCCUGCAAAUCCACAGGUUGCUUAUCAAAUGCAAAUACGUCUGAACCAGUGGAACUUGUGAUGCGUGUCUUGCAUUCCUGGAAAAUCAGUGUUGCAUUAACAGCAAACGUAACGAGGGGCUUGCUUUGUCAUGCAAAAACGCAAUCUGUGAUGCGUGCUAGGCAUCAGCAGGUCGGUGUCUCGAAAACUUGUCAUGCUUGGCUGCCAUUGCAAGCGCUUCUAUCAUGCUCAAUUCAGCAUCACAGGUUUAUUCUAGACCCAGACAUAUCUGCAAUGCAUAUUGCUCCAGUGGCUACUACUUCAUCGCCGAAUCGAAAUAUUGCAGCAAGGAAAGAGGCCGCGUUUUUGAGACGAAAGGCGCGGCUUCUUCCUCCUCUUCAGGAGCUGGCGUAAAACCAAUCCAACUCGAGGGUGUGAUCAAAAUGGAGUUGGUGUUGAAGGGAAUGACCAGCGGAAACGACUUGCUGUUGGACAAAUCUUGGAUGAAAUCGAUGCAGGAAUUCAUCUGUCGAGAUUUCGGCAUCCCUUUAGAAGGCGGCACCGCGUCCGCCUGCUCUGCGUCUGUCAGUCUGCAGCCACCGGUGUUGAAGCACUUGCCGGUUCUGGACGAUCGGAAGAAGGGGACCACGACACCAGGUACUACAACAGCUUUGCUGCAGGAAACAGAAAAUGAAAAUCAAGUUCCCGUACCGGCCCAGGGAAAACUGCAGCAGCAGUGGUCCGAAGAGCAUGAUCUGCUGGAACAAGCUGGGGAUUUGGGCGACAAUUCCCCGGUGGUUUUCCCGGGAACAAUGGAUAAUUACGCGUACAACCGCAAUUUAACCAACAUUUCCGGCGUAAUCCAAACCGACGCACUGAACGGGACAUAUUUGUAUCCAGCGGGAGAUUCGCUGACCUACACAGACGUGUACGAGGAUCCGACGAAGGAGAAAAACAGAUUAUUCAAGAUCACCUCUCCCGCACAAGCAUCUGAUGAGGAUUUGGCGCAGCAAAAGCAAGUUCUGCAGGAGGACAAAGACGGGAUUUGGAGCUUCGCCAUGGAGAAUUCCGUGGUUGCGAAGGAAGGCGUUUUUCCGGGCGCGCUGAAUAGUAUCAAGGGCGAGCCGUACACGUAUGAGCUAGCGGAUGGGAAGACGAGAAAGGUUGCCGGGUCGGUAUGGGGUGGUGAAAGAUGAAUUGGACCAUGGAAGUGAUCAUACUUAUUGCUUCUGUAACGUGGAUAAUCAAUCAUUUCACUCGAGGAUUUUGCAUCUUUGCAGGUUACACGCAACACAUAAACAUCUGAGCGUCUGUGCGAACAGCACGCAUGCCCGCAUGUUUGAUUUUGAAUGAGAGUCAGUACUCUGGCAACCUAUUGCACUCAAGUUGUCUCCAAGGCUCACCCACUACAACAAGUGAACGUUGCGCAAGGGUAUACGAACACCGGGUGGAAAAUACUCAAUUAUGCCAGCUACUUCUAGCUCAACUCUGUCAUUUUACCCCUCCCAUACGCCAAACAAAUCUUCAACCUCGCACCCGCCACAGCCAAUAAUCUCGUCAAGUUCGCCAACGAGAUUGCGAAGGAAGAAAGGAACGCCACUGCGCUCCACCGGAUCGGACAAACUGCGCAGGAAGAUUUGCUUUUCGAAAACAGCCAGGAAAAAGGGAAGAAAUGGCGCAGUCGCGCGUGGCUGCCAUACGAAAUGCAAAAGCAUGGUACUAGUCUGAAUUGCAUUACAAAUUUCCUCAGCAUGAGAAAUGGAAUUUGUAAUGCUGAUUGAUCUUAGGAAAAAGAUUUGUAACGCAUAACUGCAAUUACUACGAGUGCGAUGCUUUUGCAGUUCAUAUGCCAGACCGGCAGACGACUUUGAAGGUGGACACGGAGUUUUUGAGGACGAAGAAUAGUCUGUCGUUUUCAGUAGCAAUGAACAAGAGUGCGGCCAACUCAUCAACGACCCCGUACAACAACCCGAUUAUAAGCGCAGGAACAACAUCUGCUGCAACCUCAGGUUCAGCGUCUACUUCCCCAUCGGUCGUGACGGCGGCGCCCUCUGCUGCUGGUCCUGCACUUCUGAAUUCGAAAAAGCAUGAUGUGGACGUGGAGGAGAAAGCAAAAACCGACGAGGAGGAAGAUUAUGAAGUAGUAGAGUUGGAGCAUUUAGACGGGAAAACGGAGGACUUUCCCGAAGAAAUUCUGCGAGAGGCAACUACGGAUGGAACUACGGAGGCCGAUGUUGUGAGUCUCGCUGAGGUCGACCGGAAAAUAAAUGGAGAACGAAAAAUAAAGCAGCAUCAGCACCAAAAACCCUUCUUCCCGACCCGAGUGGAAGACCUCACGCUGUACAAACUCCCGGAAGCGCAGAUCAUCCCGGAAUUUGUCUUAGCCAAAGUCGACGCGUUCAACUGUCCGCAAGUCCUCGGUGCGAAUUUCGUCCCAGUUUCCUCCGAGGCAGAGUGCAGGAAAGCGGCAGAUUUCUUCUACCCAUCGAAAGGGAGUAGCAUCGACCCGGCUGUGAAAAAUCAGUGGACGCCGUUUGGGUGCCAAAGACUCGCUCCCUCCGGCCAGUUUAUCUUCAAUCAACCGCAAAAAGUGAAUUUCGACAAACAACUCGGACAGCACCGACUCGCGACGCAGUUGGUGUGUCAAAUGGCGCAUUUCUCCACGUACAAGAAACCAACAGGGUUGCUCGGGGCCGGAUCAUCGGAACAAAGUGGAAAAGAUAAAGACGGCGAAGCAAACGCCGAGCAGCGGAAGAGACUGGAGAAAUUAGUUUCCGACCCGUUGGUCCACCCCCACACGAGGUCGUUGGUCUACAAGCUGUUGGACAAGAAAAAACCGGCGUCCAAAGAGUUGGACUUCACGCCCCCAAAAUACGCGUUCGACCUGAAAUACAUCUCUCCCGACAGCUACCUCUACGUCAACCCCAACGCAUUGGAUUUAAACGCUCCGUGUAGGGAUUCCUUGGAUUUCCGAGACGAAGCGGACUUGAGCUGCAGAGACUGGGCGGUAUUGCUGAAAGAUCAAGUCGGGAAACAGUUAAAAUCCGAGGAUUUGCGAACCUGCGACACGGCGUUUAAGCAAAUCAGCUUUCACGUGGACGAAAAGACGGGGGUGUCGAAUUCUCUAAAUUUAGGGAAAGUCCCCUACAGCAAGUUCGGCAUUAACCAGCUCCUGUGUAACUGCCCAAUUGCCUGCGGUCUCGGGUCGCGCGGGAACUGCCGAAGCAAGGAGUGCAUCCGCACCUGCACCGUAGACAACGGACCUUUUUUCCCUUUAACUCCGGACAGCAAAACGUUUAAACCGGGGGAUACGGCAAAUAUUGGUCCGGUGUACAACGGGCCGGUGCACAGUAUACCCGGAUUUUGCCCGUUGCAGACGGGGUUGGAAGUGGGGAAGAACUGCGUGCACAGUUACCAGUGCCAUAGUGGAAUCUGUUGCCCGUUUCAGAAGAUGUGCUUACUCGAGGUGAUGAAACCGGAUAUGAAAGCGGUGGUGAAGAUAUGCGAAGACAAAUUCAUGAUUCCCGGACUACACGACAUUGUACAAAUUGCAUCACAAAUUUCGCUGACUUUGAGCAGAUGCUUACCACUUGUCAUGCUGAAUGAGAUUGAAGAAAAUUUUUGUCAUGCGGAUGAAACGGUACAAGCUUUGCGUCUGCGUGUGCGGGAUGAAAUUUCAUUUUGAUAAAAAAGCGCGAAAAACUUGGACGUGGUGUCGCUGUUGCAGACAGGAGAAACUGAAUAUCCAAGAAAAAAACUGUGUAAGUGUAAAUCUGUGAUGCAGAACAUGCAACAGAGUUACACCUAUCAUGCCAGACAGCCAUGCAGUCCUCCUUUCAUGUGUGUUUUCCCUUACAAAUCACGCAUGACAGGUUUUCUGUGUCAUGUAGAGCAAAUUUGUGAUGCUAUCAGCCAAAGAAAGUUACACUAGCACAGUUUUUUUCUUGGAUACUGAAGUAGAGGAUGCUAGUGCUAGAGAAAAUGCAGAGCAGGAAACCACCGACGCAGAACUAGAGGACGACGAGGCACUAGUGGCUCAAGGGCAGGAUCAAAUGGAGGAAGAGGAGGGAACCGAUGAACAAGCGGAAGCCAAGCCUGCCGCUGCCCCAAAGGAAAGCGGCAAAUUUGUGUCCAAGAAGAGAACCGCUGGUGCCAAAGGAAAGUACAAACAAGAAGUGAAGAAGAAGAAAACCGCUGCAGGUCAAAACACCAAAAUGAAGAACAAAGAAAACACCUCUCAAGAACCAGACGAAGUGACGCUCUCGACCCUCUACCCUUCCGCCAACGGGAUGAAGUCCGUUUCAGAACUGACCAGCAACUCCUGGGCACUACGCCUCCUAUGCAUUGCAAAAAUAUCGUAUUUACGUAUAAAUUGCAUUACAUAUAGAAUUUGUAAUGCUGAUUUGCUAAGAAACCAGGUUUGAUGUCAUGCAUGAUUGUAAUUAGUACAACUACGAUACUUUUGCACACGAUAACUCCCCUCUUCCAACAACCAAAAGGUUUUCCACGACAAGUACCUCCAAGCGGAACCCGUUUGCCUUGGUCCGAUCUCGAAAGAUGCGCUGAUGAUGUGGAAGCAGGACGAGAAUAUCGAGAAGAACGGCGAUUUCACGAUGAUAUCCUCUAACAAGCAGAAAAACGAUAUCGAGCAGAUCCGGUACUGCGACACACCGAACGACCCGUCUUACGACAGUGCACAACCCCCCCUCGCCCUCAUUGAUUUGUAUGUUGACAUGAACAGCAAUACAAACACCAGCACACAUGGAAACUGUGCAUGACAAAUUUUUCGUGCCUUAUGUAGUACUGUUUGGGCUUCCGGAUGAAUCUGUCAUGCUAACAGUGCCAGAGGGAAGCGGUUGGAUUUGGGGUUUUGCAUGACAAAUGAGGGGGAGGUGGAGCUGUGCACUCUCAUACGUCUUUGGCGGAGUGUAACUGCAAAAUGUCGUUUCUACUCCGUUACUGGGCGGGGGAGUGGACGAGCGAGGAGUGCAGUGCGAAAUCGUUGAAGAAAUCACCGUAUGCACUGCAAAAGUACCGUACUCGUACUGAUUGCAGAUGUGCAUGACAAACCUCCUUCCAAAGCUAUAACAGCAUGACAAAUUACAUUUGUCUUGCUAAGCUAAUUUGUGAUGCAAUUUCUACUAGUACGAUACGUUUGCAAUGCAUACACCGAAUGCGGCCUUGGAAUCCGGAGUUCUAGGGGAGAACGCCGAGGAUAAGGAGCAGAAAAACGCGGAGAAAGCGUUGAUGACUAGCGCGAAGGAGGGAGGUAGUACAUUCGGUUCUGAUGCAGGAGACGCAGCGGGAGAGGACGCAGCGAGUGCUGCUACAGCAGCAGAAGCUGCGGGCGAAGAAACCGACCUUAGUUUGAUCCAGACAGCAAAAACAUCGUAUUCAGUUCUUGACAGCACAGAGUCCUAUGACCGACAAGACCCUGCUCCUGCAGCAGGAGGUGACAAAGACGAUGAAAAAUCAUCCUCCCCCUACGACGACAGCGUUUUGAAACCACCCAGACACUACAACGUCCCGCCCCACCGAUCCUUCUGCCAGUACUUCGGGGACGAAGCAGCUUCCUUCGACAUGGAGAUUACCUUCCCACAGAUCGAACUUCCCCUCGCUUUCGACGGAAAGGACGCGUACAGCAACAUCGCGAUUUCCACGGCGAUCAGGAACGCACUUAACGAAAUCCCCCGUGCGGUCGGUGUAGUGGUCCCGAGAUAUCAGAAACUCCGGCUGGUCUCCCUAGAAUUGAAGCCGGAGCCGCCAGCCGGAACGAGUUUGUUCUCGGAGGGGAACGGCGAGAAAUCAGUGAUUCCGAAGCUGAAAUUCUCCUAUCCGUAUGCAAUACAAAUUUCCCGUACAUGUGCAAGAUGCAUCACAAAUUUCACCAAUUUGGAGCGUAAAACUUGUCAUGCUGAACCAGGAUCGAAGCCAUGUUUUGUCAUGCGGAGACCGCAUCUGUACGUGUGCGGGAAAUUUACUGCGGAUAAUCCUUCAAGCAAAAGGGGGCCUCCGGAACAGCCGUUUGACUAUUCGAAGAUCGCGACGAAAGAGUACAAAGCGAAAGCUAGUUUUGGAUCUUCUGGGACGAGUAGUGCGUACAAAAAGCAAGAAGACCUCGCGCACGCGAAAUCGUCGGCGCAGGCGGUGAAAGCAGCCACGAUGCCGGAGCCGGAGAUUCCAAAUACCAAGCAGAACGUGACGCAGCCGGAACCAGAGGAAAAUUCCAUUGCGCACGCAAAAGCGGAGGCUGUCAUGCAGAAGGCGUAUGAGGAGGGCAGUGAGUCGCAGUCGAACUCGACGAGUUUGAUGCUUUUGCAAGGCAGAGCAACGAUGAAAAAUCGGAAUAAUGGAAAAGAGGAAAAUCAAAAUGCGGAAAGUGCAUCUCCCGCUGCGUUCAAGUUAGUGCAGAAGUCGAUGAAGAUGAAAGUUCGGUUACUACAGUGAAAAAUGCCCCCACCCCCGAACUUGGGAGCAUUUGUAUUGCAAACCUUUCCCAAUGAAAUAGUUGCCCUCUUGCAUCUAUCAGCAUCACAGGUUUCCCAUCGUGAAUAGCAAAAAUUUGUAAUUGCAAAAGAUCCCAGCAAGAGUGGCGCGUGUCAUGCAAGCGAUGCGAUACACGCCUACACUCUGCAUCAGAAAGAUUCACACUCCUUUCAUGCAUAGCAAAAAGUUUUCAUUUGGAAACUUCGCAUCACAAAUUUUUGCAAACUUGGGGGUGGGGGCCUUAUUCACUGCAAUAUCGGUUUUGGAUGAACUUACUCGACAUGCCCGACAUGCUGAAGGCGUUGCAGACGAAAGCGGUGCGGUACGCUCUGAUGCGGCAGAUUGGCACGAUCAACGAAGAAAAGUUUGACAGCGUGCCCACGGAGAUCCAGAUGAUGCUCGGUAUAGUGCUUUUUUGGAAGAUUUUUUGUGUGACGAAGGGGUUUCUCAUGCUCAAUAUCGUAUUGGUGACCAUGGUUGUCAACAUGCAUAUCUCGCUACAACGACUACAUCAGAUUCCCUUUCCGCUACGUGGCCGCAGUUCGCCCCGUGCGCGAUCCCCAAGCUCUUGAACCUCGGCUACGCGGCUAUGGCGUUCUCAAACGUUACAUUCUCAACUGUUACAUGGAUUUGUGAUGCAAGAAUGGGAAAAAUGAAAGGGGGGGCAUUGCGCGUCUUGCAUGACAGAUUUGGCACAGAUUGUCAGCCUGUUUGGCCCCUCCAGGAUUUGUCAUGCAGAGCAGCUUGAUCGUGUAGAUGAUAAUGGUAGUUAAGCAUGACAAAUCAUGUAACAUUUGAGAACUCCAUAGCGGCGGUAACCUGCCACCCGGCACUGGCAAAUCAUUUCAAAGACACCAUUUUUCAAAAGUUCGGCGACUCACCGAUUCAGCCGGUUUGGCUGUUGAACACAAUUCCGGAUGAGGUGAAGAAGAAGCCGGAAUUCGACGCUGCAAAAUUAGGGAACAACAUCAUCACCGCGCCUUUUGAGUUGAAGCAGACGAAGGAGGAUGAUAACUCAACGGGUGCUGGCGCAGUGGAUGCAGCUACAAAUAAGGCUAAACAAAAAGCAUCGGAGGAGGUGCAGCUGCUUUUCGGAACGUCGAAAGAAACAAAACGCACAAGGCACAAGAAGCAGCGAAUCCAAGCAGAGGCAACGGACGACGUGCCGGUGAAGGUGAAACUGCUCGGAAGCGAAAACGUGGAAGUGUUAUCGGAAGUGACAGUGCCGUUUCUCGUCGAUAGCGGGAAGAUGGCAUCUGGUGCAACUACGAGUGCAGCGGUGUCGAUCCAGCCGGGGCAGGAGGAAAAUCUGUUGAGAACUGCGAUAUCCAGGAAAAAACACCCAUGCACAUCCAAUUUGUCAUGCAAAACACGUAUCAAAUUCUAUGUUUGUCAUGCAAAACAUGGAUGGGGAUGGGGUUUUUUCUGUGGAUAUGCGAAUGCUUUACUCUACAACGGUGAGCCAUACCGGACUUUGAACACGAUCAAGAUUUUACCAACUCUACCGGGAAUGCCAUCGGCUGGAGCCUCUCUAUCACCAGGAAAAGAUGAAGCUGCACCAGGAGACAAAAAUGACAAACCCUCGGGUACCUCCACCCUGUCCAAGAAAGAGAAGGCGGCCGCGAUGCAGAAAGCGAAAGACGCUUCCCCGAUCCACAGCUACUGCCCGGAAUCCACGGUUGAACUUUUCCCAAACACAGAAAAAGCGGUGUGUGUCGACCAAGUUUGCAAUUGCGAGGGAGGAGGGGAGCCCGCGGUCGGGAAACAGUGCCCCUCGACGGAACAGGGCGAGCCGGGGGAUAAGUGCGUCUCCUGCCCCGCGGGGACGGCGUUUGCGGAUUUUGAAAAUUCGAAGUGUUUGGAGAAGGAGCAGGUUAAGCAGAAAUUAAACGGGAAAGUGCCGAACACGUAUGCAUUGCAAAAGUAUAAUCGUGCUCGUACUAAUAAUGGCAAUCAUGCAUGACAGAUCUAUCAGUGUACGCUAAGCAGCAUGACAACUUGCAUCUUUCAUACUGACCAAACUUGUGAUGUGAUUUCUACUACUAGUGCGAUACUUUUGCACUUGAUAACACGCCGGAAAUCACGAUGUUUGAAGCCCCGGCGGCGGAGAAAAAAAUUCUACCGGCAACGCAGGAGGAAAUCAUGAACAAUCAGGGGGUUUCGCUGGCGAAUUUCACUUCUGCGGAGGACAAAGGGGAGAUGGAGGAUGACGAGGGUGAUCUCGGUGCUGGAGCGGUGAAUGCGACUGCAGGAACAGGUGUUGGUCCCGUGAAUAGUAACGGCACGGCGAAGAUGAAUACGAGUAGCGCUACGGCGGCUGCAGGAGCGGAGGGUACAGCUGGUGCGACAGGCGGAGAUGAAGCAGCAGUUGCAGGAGCAGCUGAGGGCGGUGACGCAGCAGCAGGAGCAGCUGGCGCAGGUAAACCCGACGCAGCAGCAGCAGCAGGAGGAGUUCCCCCUCCGAAUGAAAAAACCUCAGGAGCUCCUGCUUCACCCGCUGGCACUACUACUGGCUCCACCACCAUCACCUCGAAAGACGGAACUCAAAAGCUCACGUGCCCACCCUGUGAAACAACGGACGACAAGCAGGAAUUGGAGAACCUCGUCGCGAAAAUCUCCGAAGCAACCGACUGUGGCGAAUACCCGAUGAACGCUUACGAAGAUUGCUGCCCGUCUUGUGGGACGAAAGGUAUCGAGCCGACGAACUUCAACUGCAUGAAGUGCAUAUCAACUGUAAAAAUGUCUGGGUCUGGAAACUUGUGACGCUGGUUGGCGUAUCAUGAGGCGGCCACAAGUGCUGGCUCAGCAUGACAAGUUUCUGAGCUUCGAGGUGUUGCCUUUUCCGCAUGACAAACUGCGUUUCUGCAUGACAAAAAAACGGGGCUCUUGGGUAACGUGCAUGACAUACUUUGGGGUCAUGCUGGCAGAGCAUGACAGACCUUCCAUUCUUCCAGACCCAGACAUUUUUACAAUCCAUAGUGCAUACUGGGGCACGAUAGCGGCAUCCCGCAAGUCUGCUAUAUGCAGUGCAAAGGCAUCGUUAUCGUAUGUAGUGAGGUCACCGAACGGUUCUAACCAGGGAGUUUUUUUGACAGCUACCCUGAAAAACGAGCGGCAGUUUUCAAGCGGCCGGAAGCGUUUUUUGACAAAAAAUAUUUUCAAUUAUCAAGCGGCUUUGGCUGUGUCGGCACCGAAUCGCCAGCGGAUUCUAUCGAUCGCCGCUGGGUAAAACGACGCAGGGGAGCCGGCAAAAGGGGCGCCCUUCUGAGGCGCCCACCGCCUUAGUUUCUGGCGGUUUGGGGCGCCCAAAAAGGGACGCGCAAAAAACGCGCCCAAAAUCAGAACAGCGAAACAGCAUGGCACGGCCGUGAUUUCGGAGCAUUUUGGGUGGCAGCGAAAGCGGCCGCCUUUUCGCCAGUUUCAGAGCCUGGGAAGCUUUGCAAAAAGCGCCGGCGUGAAAAAUAAAAACGCGAAAAAGAAAAUGCGCUCCAGACGCGCAAAGCCAAUCCGCAUGCUAUGGGCCCGAUUUUUCUUCGCUUUUUGGACGCCCCCCGCGGCACCCGGAUCGGCCCCAUAGCGUGGGGGCUGGCUUUCGGAAAGGAAUUUCGGGAAUUUGCCAAAAUUGGCGACGUUUCCCAAGUGGCCGCCAUACCGUCCGGCAUAACGUUACUCACGGCGGUAUGGCGAGCCCAUAAAAAGCAAAGCCGCGGCCAAGGCUGCGGCCGGCAAAAAAACGCCCACGACCUCACUACCCCCGCCCCGGCGGCUAUAUUUGGUACUCGUUGAAAUGCAUGGACAUGCAUUACAAAUUUCCUCAGCAUGAGACAUGAAAUUUGUAAUGCGGAUUCACCUAUAAGACAAAAAAUUGUAUUGCAUGAUUGCCAUACGGGUACGAUACUUUUGCAGAGGAGAUGCUACGCGAUGAAACGGCAGCAGUUGUAUGAUUCCGUGAAAGAUCAGUUGAUCAAAGUCCACAAACUCAAAGGCGACCCGAAGUAUGAGGUGUGUGCGGAGGUGGUGGACAGUAGUUCCGCAGACGGGGAUAUCCAGGAAAAAACACUCAUCCCCAUCCAAUUUGUCAUGCAACGCCCGCACAAAACCAACUAUUUGUCAUGCAGAAAAUGGAUGGGGAUGGGUGUUUUUUCCUUGAUAGGGGAAAAGAAGAAAUUAGAGCUUGAUGAGAAGAAAAAAGCGGACAAAAUGUUCAAAAUCGACAAGGCGUUGGCGGUGUCUUCAGUCGAAUUACCCGGGGAGUGCGAUGACUACGAGAAAGCGGAGCUCUUGACGUUGCUCGAAGGGCCUUUUGGCGGCAUUCCCGAUUCGGAUGAAGAGGAGGGAGAAGCGGAGGACAGCGAAGGUGCGAAAGAGAGUACCGAAGAGGACAAAUCCGCCGCGGCUGCAGAAAAUACCGGUGAACCAAAAGAGCAAGAGGAACUCGACCCAACGAAAGUCGAAGAUCCGUUUCACGGUACUCCGGUCGAGGGGGAGGUCACCGACCCACCGACCACUCCUGCGCCGACAACUACAACCACCACAACAACCGCUGCACCAGUUGUCCUCGAUGAAAGCCAACGAGUUUCGCGGUUUGUCCGUUUUUCGGGGAUUCCGAAGAAUUACGAGCAGUUUGUGACUGGAGUUGAGUCUGAAGGGGUGCCGAUUCUGGACUUGGGCUACAUGAAGCGGGAAGACAUCACACACAUCGAAUCCGUCCGAGAUGAUCAUUACGGGAAUUCAAGCGAGGUUUUCUCGGUGUUACGGGUAAUGAAGAUGCGGGAGGAGAUCCAGAAGGAGGGCGAGAAAACUGGAGAGGUACUAGGUGAUGAAGCGGACAUGAAAAGCGUUGCUGCUUCGAAAGUACAAGGCGGAAGUGACGAAAACGGGGCCGAUGGCGUUGGUUCCAAUCACAUUUUUCUCGGGCAAUUAGGAGAGGAAGACGACACGGAGUUCCCACAACUAACGAAUUCUAACGAUCCGGAUGUGUCCUCCGACGUGGAAACGAUCAUGCAAAACGUCCCGAGCGGGAAGUGGCGAUUUCAGUACAAGAACCGGAAGGUCAGAUACCGAGCCUAUUCCCCGGUGUGGCUUUCUGACGGAACGGACAUUUCCUCCCUGGGGAUAAAAUUACACCACGGGAUUCUGUUCGCGUUCACGGGGCGGGACGUGCUACAACAGCACGACGAGUACGCGUUUUGCGGAUCGAAAUCAGAAGCGCUAGACGCGCAGAAAGUGGCAAACAACAUGGGCGUGAUCGUGAUUUGCCCGUUGGCGGAUAAACAGUACGGAAUGAUGCGGAAAAAAGCGAAGGGGAAGAAGAAAAAAGAAGCAGGAGCAGAGGCUACUGUUCCUGCCGCUACUGCUAGCUCCGGAGUAGUGCAGGAAGAUGUUGAAAAAUUACCAGCAGCAGAUGACGCCGCCGCUCCGAAACAGUCAGAAGCAGCUGGCGGUCCAGAGGGAGCAAGUGCACCAGGGGCAGUAGUAGCAGAAGGACAAGCGCCUGAAGACAAAGACGGCGCCACUGCAGUGGCUGGGGCGCUUCUGCAACUCAACCAAGAGCCCGUAGUACCACCAGCAGCUUCAUCGGGUGAAGACGAAGAAGCAGGCACGACUGCCGUCGAAGGCACGGACGAUGCAGUAGCAGGUUCAGAAGACAAGAAAGGCUGGCCAACAGCAGAGAUAGCCGCGGAUGAAGCGGCUCCAGGUCCUGCAGAAACAGCGAAAGCCGGAAGUGCUCCAGAACAAGCGAAGGCGGAAGACGAAUCGGCAAACAACAAGGAGGACCUCCCAAAAGACACCGGCAACGGCAUCCGGUUGGUAGAGCCCGCGGCCUGCUGGGAAACCUUCGCUGAUCUAGGGGCGAAGGGGUUUUGCGAGGAUCCGUUGGAUAUGAAAUGCAAAUAUGUCUGGGUCCCCUGGAAGGAUGCAACUUGUGAUGCUAACUUUGGACUCUACAGAAAAUCUGUAUUGCAUGAACAGCAAAAGAGGUGUAAUAAGUAUUUGCUACGCGGAGAGGGCAUUUCUCAUGCGGUAUGAGCAUCGGAAAGCCCUCGCAACAUCUCUGAUGCUAGAGCAUGCAUCACAGACCUCACGGGCGAUGCAAAAUCUGCAUUACAAACUCCAGCAUUCUUCCAGACAGAGACAUUUUUGCAUUUGAUAUUGGAAGUGAAAAAACCGCCGAAGGACCCAGAGGAUGACGAGGAUGGGCUGUUCAGGUAUGGAAUUCUCAAAUGUUACAUUCUCAACUGUUACAUGAAUUUGUCAUGCAAGAACAACAAAAGUGAACGCGCGAAGAUUGCGCGCUUUGCAUUACAAAUUCGGAGCAGAUUCAGGUGGUGUUUAGCCCUUCGAGAAUUUGUCAUGCGAAACACCUUGAUUGUGUGGCGGCUUAUGGUCAUUUUGCAUCACAAAUCAAUGUAACGGUUGAGAAUGUAACUCUUGAGAACCCCAUAUCAGUGUGGAGCCAGUUGCAGCACCUACAAAGGGAGCGGCUGCCGGUCCUGAAGGCGCAUCAGAAGAAUCACCUGAAGAACAGAAAGCUCCGGCUGCUGGUGCACCGGAAGUAAAAGAAUCGUCCGCAGAUGAAGCUGCAGCUGAUACAACAGUCGCAGAAGCAGCAACAGCAGCUGCAGAAGGAGCAGCAGCAGACGACGAAGGGCAAGCUGCGGAAGGAGAAGCGGGAGGUGGACCUACGGUGGUAGUGCAAUCGGGAGGUGGACCUCCUGCGCUGUUCCUGCAAAUGGGAAGUAGUGGGGAAAAUGUGGAAGAACAAGAACGACAAGCCGCGGAAAAAUUAAAUUCCAACCAAGACCAAACCCCAGACGACGCGGAAGUUCCGGAUUUUGAUUCCUACCCAUCCGACGCUGAGGCGAUGAUAGCACUGAUUCAGCACAGCCAGGACCUCCUCACGUUCAUGUCGAAUGGGAAAAUCACCAAACCGGAAGUCUUCGUCCUUGGAUUUUCCGGCGGCGGCGCGAUGGCGUACCGGUUAGCCUGUGAAGAAAUGAUCCAGUCCGACUUGACUGGGAUCAUCGUCGUCUCCUACGACUUUUUCGACCCGGCCAUCGGUUACAAAGUUCCCCCCGCGAUGGCGAAAAAGUUGGAGAAAAGACCGCUCUGCCAACCGCAGAUUUCGUCCAGCUCCGGCGCGGACAAAAAAUCCUUCCCAAAGCACUUUGUAUUGCACGGUUCCUACGACGAGGCGCUGGACAUUCCGGAAAAAUUAACCACGAAUUUUCUCUACUACAGUAGCAAGGUGAUGGAGUGUCAGUUGCAGGACUUCGGGAAAACCUCGGCGUUGUAUUUCAAUCAGGAAAAAUUGGAUGAAACGAGAUUCGGCCACUUAGACCGGGAGAUGAUGGUGUGCGCGGAUAUCGCAAGAAGAAACUGUUUCACUGUGAAGCUGUGAUGCAGAAAAUGGAACACAAAACUCUUUGUCUUGCUACACCUGCAAGUCAUUGAAUUUUCAAGCGUGUAUUCCCUUGGGAAGCGCGCAUGACAAAUUUUCAGUGUCAUGUGUAGCAAACUUGUGAUGCAGAUCCUGCAAAGUCAUCACAGUGAAACAGUUUUUUCGUGGGAUAGCGGAUUUCUUGAGCUUGAAAAUUCGGGAUGCGUCGAUUCCGAAGUUGAACCCGUUUGAGAAGUAUGCAAUACAAAUUUUCUGUACAUGUACAAAAUGCAUGACAAAUUUCGCCAACUUGCAGUGUCCAACUUGUCAUGCUGGACUAGGAUUGAAGGCAAGUUUUGUCAUGCUGGACGACGGAAGAAAAGGUAACAGAGCAAAACGCUGCGCAGAGGUCGAGGAGCUGAGAAGAGAAGCCGCGAAGAUUUCACACCAUGCGCCGAAGUAAAGCCGUUGGCGUCGCGGGUUAGAUUGGCAGGAGAGUGAAAUUGAGGACGGAGUUUUCAGCGAGAUAAAUGGGGAGGCGAGUUAAAUUAGCAGGAGGAUGCAGGCGAGUUAAAUUGAGAAAGGGGAAAGGAGGAGAAAAGGGAGACCAUUACUAUACAGGAGGCCAUCAGCUAGCGAAUAACUAAACAGCCUCGCCGAAAUUAUAGGGCUUUUUCUUUUAUAGUAGAUCAAGGACGGCGAGAGCUCUUUUUAAAACCCCCCCGCCGUCCCAUAUUUGCAUGCGCGGGGAGUCUAAGUAACAUGGCUUGCCAGAGUCAUUGACGAACCGGGAAGAUGGGAGGUGGGGAGUACCGUUUUCAGACAGGCCAGCCGCCGUGAGUGACUACCACCUCGAUUAUUGAGGGAGCGUGUGUCCUCCUCGACUGAGUUGCGUGCGCGGCCCAUCCGUGUUCCGCGUAAAACUCUACAGGAGAGUGUGCGCCGCGUCGAAAGGCUCCCGUCCGUACGGAGCGCCCCGAGCUCGUUUUAGCGCACCCGUAUGAUGGCCUCACUGUUAUGAGAUGUUAGAUCAGUUACAGUUUGCAAAACCCAGUCUGUUUAUGCUAGCAGAUGGCUAGUGCGCUGUGAACCCCCAGGACCAGGCUGACUUAGUCCCGACCGAAGUGGUAGGCGCUAGGAUGAACUAUGUAUGUAGUGCCUAGGGCCCUUCCGUGCGGCCAAUAUGUAUGUCCCGUAACGGGGAUCGCCUAUGUCGGUCAUUUAUAUGCAAGGCGAUGGGUCACCCGGUCGGCAGAGCCGAUCCAUACGAACGAACGAACGAACGAAGCGUCUGCAUUUGUACGUGUUCGGGAAAUUUACUUCUGUGGAUAAGAAAAUGGAGAUGCUAGAGUCGAAGGAAGACGCCGUGCACAUGCAAAUCUCCUGCCCAUCACGGUUGUGUAGGUGGGGAAAAGCACCGUUAUACGCAACCGAGCACCAGCCGGCCUUGGCGACGAAGGCGGCGUUUCGGGGGUUGGAUUAUUUCUGGAACAACUUCCCGGAUGAGCGAGAAGCGGAGGAAUUGUUGAAAAAGCAACUACUGGAUAACAUGAAGGAAACGCAAGCGGGUGUAGAGAAAGCAGUGGUGGAUACAGACACCGAUUUGCUGGCCGAUGAAAAGACCAGGAGGGGAGGGGGUGGUGGUGUUGGGAAUGAUAGUAGUGCCACGACCGGUGAGGAAGAAGACCUCCAAUCAACUUCCGGCGACGAAGUGAAAACGUUACAGGAGGCUCCAGCGACGUAGAUGAAGUCUGAGUCAAGUUAAUUUUAUCAGUCUUGUUUAAGUUUAUGUUUUAAGCUAACCGCAAGCAAGCGCAGAACAGCAGAAUAAGUUACGACAAAUCACAGCAUUAGCACAUGCGAUGCUCUUCUUUGUUUCAGUUUUACUCAAGAUACUCUACUUCGACUUUGUUUUAGUUUUACGCUAGUACCUAGAGGUAUGUAUCUAGCUCUAGCUGUGGUAGAUUUUUUCGAAUUCACAGGAGUGGCAAGUUUUAUUUUUUGAUUUUGAAUGGAGCAGAAAACUCAUCUUGCAACGCGUUCUCGCAGCUUCCAAGAAGUGCGGCGAAGCAAGACACGGGGGUCAAUUAUGCUUCGAUAUGAAGUGCUUCCUGUGGGGGCUUUUUCUUUCAAUUUUACAACCCAUCGAUGUUUCAAUGCACCUGUAGACAGAUUUGUUGUACAUGCAGCCGCACGUAAAUGAAAGAACAAUCAACAUGAGCACGGCGUUUCCGUUUCCCGCAAGAACUACUCCUGUACAUAAUCAAUGAAAGAUGACACGACAAGAAGCUCCACUGG